UCAAAAAAUCUUGUUGCGUGAGUUCAAGACAAAUCUUCCGCUCACAAAAGAAGUUCAAACCCUGCCCUGAAAGAGCUAAUUAAUUUUUUCAUUAUUUAACCGACGGGAGAUCGACGCGGCAAACGGCCUUUUGCGCUUUUCCAAUUCAGGAGAUCUCCGUGACUUUCAGCUUUCUGCUGUUGAUACGCAGCGCAUGAUACAGUGUAAUGAUGUCCUUCAAAUAUCUGGAUGAUAUUCUGGAAUACAGCAAUGAACUGCCCGAAAUCUUCCACAGUCGUCUGGGCCGUGUCAAAGCACUGGACAUGGAAGUCAGCCAGCGUCAUUCCACCAUAAAGAACCUGAAAGAUCGCACCCAGCAGCUGAAGGUGCUCAUCGGCCAGUAUCCCGCCGAACGCGUGCAGAAAUCCACGGAACUGCAGCAGAUUACCAGCGAAAUCUCGCUGGAAUACGAUCGCAUCCUGCAGUACGGCGCGGAGAAGGUGAAGAUCAUCGAGGAGCUGGAGCAGAUGAUGGGGCGCUGGAGUGGGCAUCUGGACGGGGAAACGGAGAAGUUCAAGAUGGAAUUGGAGGUGGAUUAUCCGGGGAUCACGGAUAAAUUAGAAGCACAGGCCUACAAGGAGAUGGAAGCGGAACGGCGGAUGGCCGAUCAGCAGACCCAGAAUCAGGAAACUUGUCGCCGUUCUGGCGCAGCUGCAGUGACGCGCCAGCAAUCUGCUACGGAUCGACGCCGCUCCACUGUUUCCGUCCUCAAUCCCAAUCAGCGGCUGCUGAGAUGCCCCAAUGAGCCGGUCUCCGCUGACCACCAGUGGACCAACGCAUCCACUCAAACUCUCCCGCGUCAGCGAAAUUAUUGUCCUAGCUCCGACUCCAGUGAUGAAUCGGUUCAGUCGGAUGUCGGGCACGACCUCCGCAUAAAAGAAAUUCUAGGUAAUCCGGCACGCGGCCGAGGUAUGCAGCGGGGACAAUACCAAGUGGGCCGGAAAAGUGCAGCCACAAGGGAAGAGAAACUGUACUGUUUCUGUGGGAAGUCGGAAGAUGAAGGCGGUUUCAUGGUGGCCUGCGAUAAUCGCCAGUGCCAAACCGAGUGGUUCCAUGGACUGUGUGUGGGGGUCCAACGUGCUGAGGAUAUCGAGAAGAAAAAAUGGUACUGUCCACAGUGCGAACGGCUGCAGAAAAGCAGCGCCGGGACUGGAUCGCGGGAUGCUGUUCGCAUGCGCGCGCGAGCUAGCCACAGUGUAUUUUGAGUGGAUUUCUGUGUAGUCUGUUGUACACAUGUACUCGAUGUGAUGGCUCUAGUGAAAUUUGUUUGUGUAUCUGUCGAAAUGCGUAUCCAAGUGCUUUUAUUUUCGAAGCCGUCAACGGUGGUGGAAAUCACAGGCGGGACAGCGGAAGGAUAGUCUUACAGUUAUGAACUCUUUUGUUUUCGCAGGAAUUUGAUUGUGCGUGGACGGCAGUUGUUGUACAGACAGAUGAUUUAGAUUUUCGUAUGUGGCCGACCUUACCGAAGUACCCUUACCGAAGUAUCUUGGUUUGUUGUUUCUUUUGGCAUCGCAUUAAAGAGAUCUGCGCAAGA